UGGAGAUGGGAUGGGUGCAUACGAGCAAAAUAAAGGGUAAACCAUGGGGAAUCAGCUAUUUAAGGCAAGCCAUUCAGCCUGGCUGUGUCUCACUCAAGGCUCUCUUCUGCAACCGAACAAACUACAGCCCCGUUUUACCAAGCAUAUUCAAGUCGCCAUGUCUACUCAAGACUCGCUGUCCUAUACCCUCCGCUACUUUGACCUGCAGGGUAUCAGCGAGACCAUUCGGCUGCUGCUUACUGUGAAGGGGGUCGAGUGGACCGAGGAACAUCCCGAGUGGCCAGUGACAAAGGCCGACCAGCCGCUUGGCCGCCUACCUGUCCUGCUCGAGAAGAACAGCGACGGCGAGGUUGUGUUUGAGCUCACCGAGUCGAUGGUCAUCGAGAGGUACCUUGCGCACAAGUACGGACUCCUUCCGACUGAGCUGCAGGCAUCAGCACGGCAAGAGCAGCUGCGUGACCAGUUCGUUGACCUCCAGAACGCAGCUUUUGACUACCAUUUUUCUGAUGGCGACUUCAAAGACAAUCUGAAGAAGAUGUUCGGCGAGCUAGCAGGCUACUUGAUCAAGUUCCACACCAAGGCGCUGCAAGCGAACGGAAACAACGGCCACUAUGUCGGCGACUCGAUCUCAUACGCUGACAUUGCUCUGUACGCGUUCCUCAGGUUUAUCAGGUCCCAGUCGAAGGUCAAGAACGACGGCUUCUCUAGCUACUUUGAGCCAGAAAAGGUGCCCGAGUUUGCCAAGGUUGUUGCUGCCGUCGAGGCUGAGCCUGCGCUCGAGAGAUACCUUACCCAGGAUGUCAGGAAAGCAACAUAUAUGUGGUAGUUUUCAGGCUGUAAGGUCUGUGCCCUUAGUGCCUGGCCAGAAUCCAUCAUCUACCUAGUUUUGAAUAUUUCCGCAGCAUGCCACCACUUUAUUGCCCUUCAGGAAGACCAUGAUGUGCAGUCUUCGUGGGAAAGCACACCAACCUCGCC